AUGGCCACAAUAGCCGCCAAUCCCUUAGGAUCAUUCACCAGGCUAGCCCCCUCGGUCUACCUCCACGAUCCUGCCAUUCCAGGUGAGAAGGAACGGCCAGUGAUAUUUAUUGCUUUUUGGAUGAAUGCGCCCCCACGUGCACUAGCGAAAUAUGUGGUCGAAUACGGGCGCCUAGUGCCAUCAGCACGAAUUAUUUUUGUCCGAAGUUCAUCGAAUGACUUCAUCUGGCGCCUGAGGACCCAGACCCGCAGAGCCCGCAUCGCCCCAGCCGUGGAAGCAAUGCGCGGUCUAGUGACCCCUGAAAAUCCGGUCUUUGUGCACUUCUUCUCAAACGGAGGCAUGUCAAACACGACUCAUCUAUUACAUGCUUGGAAGGAUGCCACGGGAACCUCAUUGCCGAUCUCGGCCAUGAUUCUCGAUAGUGCCCCGGGCAGUCCUAGCCUACGAUCGGGCUUGAAGGCUUUCUCCUAUGCCCUUCCUCGGAUGUGGAUUUUGCGGCUGUUUGGGAAAAGCUUGCUCUUCGCUUUCUUGGUUCUCUUCAAGAUGAUCCACUCAUUUACCGCGCUUUCGGAUCCUAUCUCCCUUGCCCGCGAGGUCGUCAAUGAUACUUCUUUGGUACGGCCGGUUAACGCGGAGGGAACUCUCAAUCGCUGCUAUAUCUACUCUGAUGCAGAUGAGCUGGUUGACUGGCGCGAUGUGGAAUCUCACGCUGUGGACGCUGAGGCUAAACGCUGGGUCGUGCGUCGUGAGGUGUUCAAGGGCUCUCCUCAUGUCGGGCAUAUGAGGGUUGACCCUGAUCGCUAUUGGGGUAUUGUCAAAGAGUACUUGGGGGCUUUGGUAUUGGCUUGA